UAGUUGUGUUUCACAUGAUCUAAAGCCAUGUUGGUAUGGAGCAAGGACAAUAUGUUUGUCUAAAUGAUUUAUGAGGUUGCUACAUAUUAUGUGUUCUAGGAUUUUACAUGUGAUGCUGGUUAGUGAUACUGGUCUGCAGUUUCCUGGGUCUAAUUUUUCUCCUUUUUUGAAUAGGGGAGUGACGUUAGUUAAGAGAUGACUGAAAAAGUAUUUUGAACACUGGUGCUAUCUCACUGCUUAGUUCUUUGAGUAAUUUAGCUGAAAUACUAUCAGCACAGCCAAGGAAGUGGCAACUGAUUUUUGACUGCUGAGCCAGUUUUUGUUUACCUACUCAACAAAGUCGAAUUGCAUUCUAUGAUGACACUGGUGACUGGAAAUGGCAACUUUGUCAACGAAAACAAUUUCAGAUUUAAGAUUGCAUACAUUUCUACACCAGAUGAUUAAAGUAGUGAAUAAAAGUCAAAAGCUUGUGGAAGCAGAAUGUGAGAUGAUUAGAAGUUUGUUAAAACCCUGGCCUAUUAAAAAGAAAAUGAUUGAAGCCCCAAGUGAGACGACUAACCAAAUAUACAAUGGCCAACAAGCAGAUGUGCUCAGCACUGAGGAACAACAGGCCUUGUCUCAAGCAGAGCAAAUACUAUCCAAAGCAAGAAAAGCUUUGGGUACCACCAUAAAUCUGAAAGAUCCAAUCAAGACAUCUGAACAAGAUACAGUUAGCAACAAGGAUGUUCAAUAUGAUCAGACAGUUAAAGAAACAUUUAGUGAACCUUUACAGAAGACUCAACAAAAGGAUCAUAUAACUCACAAUAAUGAUAGACUAGAAGAGAAAAAAAGUUUUGUGAAUAGUUCUUGUGGGCAGUUAAAAAAGGAGAAAUCAAUUCAUUCUGCCGCUUCAAAGAAAUCUGGCACAUCAGCUGAAGUGCUUUUAAAGAAAGAAAGCCAAAGGACGAGUAGACCCCUCUCUCAAGGCUCAAAUCUUUAUUGCAAACCUCAAGUUGUAAACAAAGGUUACAUUGCAGCACACUUGCUUGCUCCUUUUAAGACUGACCCCAAUAUUAAAGUACCAAAGCACAGCAAGUAUAGAACACUUUCUAAAGAAAUUCAGACUAGUAAAUCUGCAUCAAAGAAAACAAUUCAGAGUUCCAAGGUACUUCCUGGCAUUGCCCAGUCUAAAAUUUCCUCUCAAGAUAGUGAGAGUAAAAGAUUAGCUCCCAAUGCAAAUAACAAUGCUAGCUCUGGAUCGAUUGACCUUGAGAGCUCAGAGGUUAUUGUGAAAAGGAAUCUAUUGCCUUCAAACAGAAAUGUUUCUGAACCAGUUGCCAACAGUAUUGUUCAAGAGAGUCAGUCAAAUGUUAUACAGUCUCAAGAAGAGUCACUUCAAUCCAAAUUGGCGUUUACUCUUCAAGAAAAUGGCACAAGCUUGAAGCUGCCUUCUAAGUUGAACCAGUUAGUUCGCAAAAAUCAGAAGCUAAGAGAGAAAUUUUCAGUUGCAAAGAUUCAUAGAAAGGUCACAGAAAAUGGUGCAGCUGAGCAGUUUAUCAAUAAACUUGAAGAAGAAACUGAAGUUGGCCAAGAGUUGUGGACAAGAGUAUGUGCAUUAACAUGUUUUAAAUCUCACAAAAUCUUAAUGGAAACACUGAACUCUCUUCAUUUAGAACAAAUAGAAGACAGCUCGCCCCAGUAUACUAUGUACAGAGCUAAGAGAACAUUAGAAUUUGUAUUGUCAGUUUUCGCAGAGCUGCAAAAUGAAGCUGAUUUUUUUUGUAAAGCCAACUUUAAGAACAUAUCAAAUUCCAAUCAUAAUGUUAAGCAAAAUCAUGAUCUGGAUGUGCCAUGGCUAGACACUGGACAGCAAGCUUUAGCUAGAAAUUAUGCACUUCAGUGUUACUUAAACGUAGACAAUCAAUGGACUGAUCUCAAGUUCAUAGAAAACUACCUUCAAGUUCAAAUUUUAAUGACUGAACUAGUGCUUACAGAAUGGUCACAGGCUCUUAGAUCCAAUAAACUAGACCAAAAUUCUGUACAAGCACUGUAUGGCUUAAUGACUGCAAGUGGACAGUGUCUACCAGCAUUUGUCAUAAAUGAAGGAAGUAAAUGUUAGCCAUAUGUCAAAAUUAAAGAAAAUGUAUUCAAAGA